UGCUUUGUCGUCGAGCUUUGUUUUCUGAAUAACCUUAUAAAAACCAAAGCUUGAAAAUAUUUUAGUUUAUUCUUUUAUUCAACGCUUUGAAAAUUAAUCAUUAACUGUACCUACAAACAUGGUCAAAAAUAAUUAUAUGUUGGCUGUGUUUUUUGUGUUGAAUAUUAUUGGUAAUAAUAUAUACGUUAGUGGGGAUGCUGCAUUAGAUUGUGUGGACGUUCCCCCACCGUGCCUUCCCCCUGAUCAUUGGACGUUCGCCAUCCAAACGGGACAAUUUACCCCUGGACAAAUAAUUAAAAUGGCCAUGCAAGAUGCAAAAUUUAUAUAUUAUCAAAAUUAUAAGCCUCUAAAUCAGGAUGGUUGGAGUGAACGAUUAGAUGAAUAUCAUACAAAAGGUUGCUCUAAUUGCGGUGUUAUUGUAGACGGAUACAUAGAGUAUACUAGAAACAAUGGAAAGACAUCCCCAAUUUUGUAUUGCAACUCUCUUUAAUUUUUUUCAUUAAUAAUAAUAUUUUUUUAUUAUUCUAUCCUUGUCAUUUACUUUUAAUUAAGAUGGUAAAAUGUAAGAUAAUUAGUAAUUUAUUAAAUAAUGUGAUUUUAUAUUUUUAUGAUUUAUUUGCCUAAUAUAUAAUAAUUGUUAGCACUCGAGUCGGGUUAACGUAAGCUGUCGCGAAAGUGACAUUAUUUAUCUUAUAUUAUUUGUAGUUACUAGUCAGUCACGUAUCGUAAUUUAUAUCAAUUAUUAUUAAAUUAUAAAUAAAAGUAUA